AUGCAAAACCAACUUCAAUAGUUCCUCACUAUUGUAGCCUCAAGAGAAGAAGUUAUUUUUAUGAUUCGCAUCUUAACACAUUAAUCUCUUGAAGAUGGAAGAAAUCUCAGGGAAUAUCAUUAUGAAAUUAUGAAAGGAGAGAGAAAGAGAGAAGAACUAGAAAAUUAAGUGUAAGAUAAUAAUUUUAAUGGAUUGAUAGUUAUUCAGUUAUAAAUGAAUCUACAGACAGGAAAGUAUUCUUACCAAAAGUUGUAUAGAAGUUUAACAAAAUAUAAACCUACUAUUCCAAUAAAACCAAAGUAAUCAACAUUCAAUUUAUGAGAUAUAUUUCCCUAAAUAAGGAUAAUAAAUUGGAUAAGAAAACAUGAUUUAGCCAAAUCUAAGAAAUGUCAUAAUUCGUAUGUAACAUGAGAGCUUAGUUUCCAUCCUUAAAUACUUGACUAAUUUGUAGAAAAUGAGAAUGAAACUAGAACUCAAUAGAGCAUAGUUUAUGGAAAAGUAAUAUAUAAAAAGGCUAUGCAUUAUUCUAGAGAAGAGAGAUGUAAUCGUAAUGAGAAGUUCUUUUCCGAACCUCUGCUAAUGGGAAAUUUUGGUAUGAAUUACAUCAACAAAUUGCAUCAGAAAUAUUAUUACUUAGCAUCAUAACACAAUUGGAAGAAUGUUUAUGAUGUUCUUCUAUUAGAUGAUAAUACAAAAUAAUUGUAUCUCUAAGGAGCAGGUUAAUUAGGAUAUUUAUAUAGGUUUCAAGAGUGUUAUUGCCAGCAUUAAUAAAUAAAAGAAGUCUAAUGAUGUCCCUUAAGUUUAUAUUCCAAUAGAAACAACUUAAGAAAUCAUAACCACUCGUUAUGAAAAAUUACUCAAAGAUCUUAUGGAUAUGAAUCAUCAUGUUUCUAAAUCUAUUAUGAAAUACAAUGAAUAUCAUCAAGGUAGAAAAAAGAAUAAGGAAUCAUAAAAUAGAAUCAAAAUAACUACAACUAGACAUUCAUAAUAGGUUAAGAUACUUAAUUUAAGUGACUUUGGUAAAUUUUCUGCUCCAUCAUCCAGAUAUAGUAGAACAAGAUAACUUAAAACAUAAUUGUCAUGUCUGUAAUCUCCAUCUGAACCUAAUAUUAAAUAAUAUGAGUUUCUUUUAAGUUUGCGUCAGCCUGUUAAUUCAGGUCGUUUGAUUAAUAAAUGCAUUAAUUAAAAUUAAUGAAAUACUUUAAAGAAGCUUCAUUCUCAUUAAAAUAAAAAUUUGGUUACACUCCAGAAGAAUAAGCUAUCAAACUCUUUGAUCAAGCAUAUCAUUACGAAAGCUCAAUUCUUCCUAUUAAUCUUCUUGAUCAGAUAGCUGAGUUAAGUUUUCAAAUGUAUAUAUAAUUGAAAUUAUUUUUAGCGAUCAUUAUCCAAAAAUAAUCAAUUAAAUUGUUUUGUAAUUAUCUACUAUGGGUAUCACUCCCAAUAUUAUUCUUAAAGUACCUUAUUUCUUCAUUAAUCAAAUUAGACACUUAUAAUUACAGAUUAUUUAUUAAAAUAUGGAUGUUCAGGUAUAAUAGAUGAUUUGAAGGUUAGGAUAUAUAUGUUUAGAAAUUAUUAAGAAUUUAAAGUUGAUUUCUAAGAACCUUUGUAUAUAACAAGUAUUAUUUUUCAAUAUUUAAAAGUUCGACAAAAAGCUGGGAACAUUGCUAAUUAAUUAACUAAUAGAAAGCUUUUAUAUAAGGAAAAAGAAAUAGCAAAAUAAGUUAAACUUAAAAUAUAAAUUAAUAAACAAAAAACUUAAUCAUUAAGUCAUUAAGAUUAUAAAUAAACAACAACUACACUUGAUGAUAUUCUAGAAAAUUAUAUAUUUAAAUAUAUGGAUAAAUUUAAUGAUAAAUUAGAAGGUUGGGGAGAUUAAAUAAAUGAUAAAUUAGAUCAAAUAAUUGAUAAUAUUACAAUUAAUGCUUCUUAUGAAAGAGAUGAAAAUGGAUAUUAUUUUCCAGAAUCUUGUAUGGAUGAAAUUACUAUUACAAAUAAAUCAAAUAAAAAUUAAGAAUAAUAAUAGAAAGAUCAAUAAAUAUAUAAUUAAUAGAAAAAAGAUUUAUGUAAUUAUAAUUAUAAUAAUAUAUAGUGGAAUUUGAAAAUGAUAAUAUUUAAUAAUAAUAAAAGUAAGAGAUUAAUUUACUAGAUUGA